AUGAAGGCCCCAAGCAGUAGCACGUACCCUGGACACAAUUCCUUUUACCCGCCAAACGGCUCUACAUACUCCCCUCUGUACCCCUCUACUGCGCCCUCCUUCAUUUCCGAUUACAUUACCCGAAGUCACAUAGACGCCAACAAGGCAGCCUACACCAAUUCAACCCCUUCUGAUAGUAGCUCUUUCAACGAGCACCUGAAACGCCUUCAGGAGUCACUUCAGUCCAAGUCACCGAAAACGUCUGAUAAUGGGCACUUUCAGCAUCAGCACUAUCGGCCCUCUUCCACUCAUUCAGCACACACCGGCUCGCAUGGCAGCACUCAGCCUGUGAGACCUGAGCCCAUUCAUCUCCAGCCUGGCUCUUUCACACCCAAGUCGACUGUGAUCAGUAACCACUACCAGCAGCCCUCUACCGAGGUGCCCAUCAGCAAGGUCGAUCAUUGUGAUAAUGCACACAAACCAACGUCAACUCAGCAAGGGAAUUCCGCGCAAUCCACGGCGGAUUCAAAUAAUGUUCAGCUUCAGCAACAGCCGUCUAGUGAAACUCAAAAUGACCAGUCAACUACAAACAGCAAAGUAAGAGAUUCAAUUGACCAGACAAUAGAAAAUUGCAUAGCUGGAAAUGAUUUGAAAGUGGAGGAGGAAAACACCAACCAGUCUACUAAUGACUCAACAAAAGCGGCCGAACCAAAAGAUGGUGGCAAGUCGAAGCGUGUCAACGUUUCAGCCAAACAAAAGAAGAAACAGGCUCCAGCAAAGCGGAAUCGAUCAACUGAAAGCGGCGGUCAGUGUGGCGCGGAAACCGAACCGGAGACGAAGAAGCCAAAGAAGCGAUGCAAGCAACCUGGCAACGAGGAAGGCAAGCGCCCAGCUGUAACUAAGCCAAAGGCGGCAAAAGGAGCAGUGCGUAAGGAAACGAUUGCCAAGAAUGACAAAUCCAAGUCAAAGAGCAAGAAAAAAAGCAGUAGUGUGUCGAAAGAGGAGUCUAAAGAGCCAUUAAAGGAUUCUUCAAGUUCAACUGCCAAAACAUCUACAGAAGUGUCAGAAAUACAAAAGGAGGAAAGCACUCAAAAAGUCGAGCUGCCACAUGAAGAGCAGACAAAAGUGCAGCAGGGGAAAUCAAGUGAACCAAAGACUGGAUCAAAAAAGGAAGCCAGUAAAAAGGAUGUGGUGAGGUACUGCCUCCAGUCGGACGCCUGUGACGUGGACGCACGCGAUAAUGCCGGAUACACACCGCUUCACGAGUGCUCUUCACGUGGAAACCUGGAAGUGGCUCGCUUACUGCUGGAGCACUCGGCGGACGUCAACGCCAGUGCCACCGGGGGCAUAAGCAAUCCUCAAUUCUAUGCACUUCAUGACGUAUUAGAGGCGACAAAGUUGACAGAAGCAGAGUUUGUGCUGAAACAUCCACAAACAGAAAUCGCCAAAAUGAACAAAGACGACUUUAUAAAGGCCACACUUGAUCAGCUUGAUAUGCGUCUUUCUGCAACCGUAGAUCGUUUUGUAAAGAGUGAGGAUGAAGAGGUGAACAUAAUAUACCGCAACGAUGCCAUCGAUCAGAUACUAAACAUUUCAAGCACUGUGAUAAGGUAG